AUUUUGUGUACAACACAAUUGAAUAAAAUCAUAUUUUUCAAAGUAAAUUAUAUGCCGCACUUCUAAUUAGGAAAACCAGAAAAUUGAAACAGUCCGGGUGCAGUAACUAGUUGAGUAUCAACCACAGCAGCAACAACUGCAACUGCAAGGUUUAAGGACGCUACAACAUCCUUGAGGUUGCCAGCGACACCCACAGGUGCGGAGCAACAAAACGAAAAGAAAAAAAAAGAAGCAAGAUGUCUACCGCCUUUUUAACGCUUGUCGCCGUGAUCGUGUGCAUUCUAUUCCGCAUCCUCAAUGUCCAUAGUCAGCCCUUGAGGCCGAGUGUUUGGUGCCUCGACGAGCAGUUUCUCGAUUGUUUGUACAAAAUUGCGCCGGUGCUGCGUGAACCCUAUAUUCCACCACGUCUAUGGGGAUUCAGCGGUCAUGUUCAGACCGUGCUGCACAGCAUUGUCGGUCGUGUACGUUGCCCGUGGCCUCUGGGUGAGCGCGUCUACCUUUCACUCCCGGAUGGCUCCACCUUAACUUACGAUUUGUAUCAGCCACUAAAGGAACAGGAAGAUGAUAUCACAGUGGCUAUUUGUCCGGGAAUAGCGAAUAGUUCGGAAUCGGUUUAUAUACGAACCUUUGUGCACCUGGCGCAGUGUAACGGUUAUCGCUGUGCAGUUAUGAAUCACAUUGGCGCCCUUCGCACCGUACAGGUUACCUCGACACGCAUCUUUACCUAUGGCCACACAGAGGAUUUUGCUGCCAUGGUAGAUCAUUUACAUCAGAAGUAUCAGCACUGCCGCAUUGUUGCCGUUGGAUUCAGCUUGGGCGGAAAUCUGGUCACCAAGUACAUGGGUGAAAUGCAGAAGGAAAAACCGAAUAGUGUUAUUGGUGGCAUUUCCAUAUGCCAGGGUUACAAUGCCGUCGAGGGAACCAAAUGGCUGCUGAACUGGCAGAACUUCCGUCGUUUCUAUCUGUAUAUCAUGACUGAGAAUGUGAAGAGCAUAAUUUUGCGUCAUCGUCAUGUGUUGCUGUCCGAUGAGGUGAAGGCACGUCAUAAUCUUAACGAGCGAGAAAUCAUAGCGGCGGCAACACUGCCGGAACUGGAUGAGGCUUAUACGCGACGUGUGUAUAAUUUUGCAUCGACACAGGAGCUUUACAAGUGGAGCUCUUCGCUUUUCUACUUCGACACUAUUGAGAAGCCAAUGAUUUAUAUAAAUGCCAAAGAUGAUCCCCUGGUGCCGGUAGAUUUAUUGCACCCGAUAAAGGAGUAUGCAACCACUCGCCAAAAAUCAGCAUAUGUGGAGGUAGCACAUGGUGGCCAUCUUGGAUUCUAUGAGGGCGGCUUCCUAUAUCCAAAUCCAGUUACUUGGCUGGAUCGCACGCUGGUUGCAAUGGUUGGCUCCUUGGUCAUGAUGCAUGCGGGUGGAAGCAAAGUGGCGCCGUAGACAGAUAGAUUGUGUACACUCCUGUCAAAAUUAUUGAUGCCGCAGAACUAUAAAUGCUUUUUAUUUUUGCCAAAAUUUCAUGUUGCUGUCGAACUAAGUCUUAUACAAAGUAAAACACAAUGCAUAUAAAACCAUUAUCAUAUUUGGUGUAAACGACGGACAUUUAUAGACGAUGUAAACUUUAGAAAAAAAGUGCAUUUAAAACA